ACGCUAAAGCUAGCAGGUUUGGGGACCACCCCCUCAGCUUUAUGUUGGCGCUAGCUAGCAGCUAGCAGCUAGCUUCACAUAUCAACAAACAAUCGAUGCUGCCGUCUGCGUCUCCUCGCACACAUUCAGUCAGAUAUUUGUACUGUUUGAUACAAGUCUGAGUAGCUACAGGCAGAGGCCCUGAAGGCUGACAUGACAGAUUCAAAGCUGGGGGCGGCAGAGGUGUGGACGUCUCGGCAGGCCCUGCAGGACCUCUACCAGAAGAUGCUGGUGACUGACCUGGAGUACGCUCUGGACAAGAAGGUGGAGCAAGACCUGUGGAAUCACGCUUUCAAGAACCAGAUCACCACGCUGCAGAGCCAGGCCAAGAACCGAGCCAACCCCAACCGCAGUGAGGUCCAGGCCAACCUGUCGCUGUUCCUGGAGGCAGCUAGUGGCUUCUACACACAGUUACUGCAGGAGCUGUGCACCGUCUUCAACGUGGACCUGCCGUGUCGCGUCAAAUCGUCUCAGCUCGGCAUCAUCAGCAAUAAACAGAGCAGCACCAGCGCCAUCGUCACGCCGCAGCCCAGCUCCUGCUCCUACAUCUGCCAGCACUGCCUCGUCCACCUCGGAGACAUAGCACGUUACCGUAACCAGACCAGCCAGGCGGAGUCUUACUACAGACAUGCAGCUCAGCUGGUCCCAUCAAAUGGUCAGCCAUACAACCAGCUGGCCAUCCUGGCCUCCUCUAAAGGAGAUCACCUCACCACCAUCUUCUACUACUGCCGCAGCAUCGCAGUCAAGUUCCCCUUCCCAGCAGCCUCCACCAACCUGCAGAAGGCUCUGUCCAAGGCUCUGGAGAGUCGUGACGAGGUGAAAACCAAGUGGAGCGUGUCAGAUUUCAUCAAGGCUUUCAUCAAAUUUCACGGCCAUGUCUACCUGAGUAAGAGUCUGGACAAAUUGGACGGUCUGAGGGAGAAACUGGAGGAGCAGUUUCAGAGGCUGAUCCUGCAGAAAGCCUUCAGCUCUCAGCAGCUGGUUCACAUCACAGUCAUCAACCUGUUUGAGCUCCACCACCUCAGAGACCUGACGACUGACGGCAGCGAGCAGAGCUACAGCAGCGAGCAGCAGAUCAGUUGGUUCCAGCUGCUCGGACUCUUCAUGUCCUUCCUGGGCGUCAUGUGCAGCCGGGUUCUGCUCAACAAGAACAGGGGGGAGGAGAUCAUGGGGGAGUGUCCUCUGCCGGCCAUCAAAGUCUCUCUGGACUGGCUCAAACUGAGACCCAGCGUCUUCCUCGAGGCCGCUGUUGACAAGAGGCAGUAUAUUUGGCCGUGGCUUGUCUCCAUCCUCAACAGUUUCCAGCCCAAAGAAGAUGACGUGUCCUGUUCGUCAGUCACGCCCCUGCCAGAGGAGUUUGAGCUCCAGGGUUUCUUGGCUCUCCGGCCCGCUCUGAGGUCUCUGGACUUCACUAAAGGUCAUCAGGGCAUCCUGGUGGACAGAGACGGCCUGCCGGUCCACACCCGACACCAGAGACUCAUCAGUCUGGGCAAAUGGGUGGCUGACAACCAGCCAGGGCUGAUUCAGUGCAGAGUGAGUGAGGACGGUCUCCUCGUCUUCAUUACUGACAUUCCAGAGGAGGCCAUCGAGGAGCCGCAGGAGAAGGAGGCGCCGGUGCUGCAAGAGUCGUCCAACGGGGAACAGAUGCCCAACGACGGCGGAAACUCCGGCCUGAAGUCGGUGCUGUCGGCGGGGAAGACACAGAGCUCGUGGCCGGAUAGCAGCGACCGACCCGUCGUCACCUUCAAGGAGAACAUCAAACCCAGAGAGCAGAGCCGCGAGCCAACGCGAAACCAUCACCAGAAGGACGGCGGCAAAGAACGCAGAGACUUCACUAAAGGCAACGGGGCUGCUGGGAAAGGAGAGCUGAAGAGGGACGGGAAGAGGAAGAGCGAGAUGAAGAAAGUCGGUCACGAGAAAAGCACUGACGCUGGAAAACAGGUCAAGGGUCAGACGGAGCUGAGGAAGACUCCGGUGUCUGAGGCCAAGAAGACCCCCGUCACUCAGACCCAAACCACCUGCUCCUCCCAGUUCAUCCCCAUCCAUCAUCCUGGAGCCUUCCCACCGCUGCCCAGCAGACCUGGUUUCCCGCCCUCAGCCUAUGUGAUCCCUCCCCCGGUGGCGUUCCCAGGACUCCAGGUGAAUCCGGGCUUCACCUUCUCCACCGGAGUCUCCGUCCCCGGACCUUUCCUCCAGCCGACCGUCCACACUCAGGCCGGUACGCAGGUCCAGGCUGGGAAGCAGUCCCACAUUCCCUACAGUCAGCAGAGACCCUCGGGGCCGGGGCCGGGUCAGGGGCCGGGGUCCUCGGGGCAGGGCCCGGGCCCUAUGAACCAGGGCCCCUCGCAGGGUCAGCAGCCUCAGGCCCAGACGCCCUCCCAGCAGGCUUUGCAGCAGUCGGUCCAGCUGCAGGUGCAGGCGAUGAGCCAGCAGCAGCAGCAGUCUCCCACCAAACCGGUCCAGCAGGUCGGGAUGGGGAAGAGCCCACCUCAUCACCCAGGACUGCAGCAGCAGUAUAUGGACCAGCCGGCUCAGAUGUGGAACCAGGCCCAGGCAGCGCUGCAGAAGAUGAAUCCCAUGCAGAUGUCCAUGAAGCAGCCUCAGCCUCAGCAGCAGCAGCAGCAGGCCUUCUUCAUGGCGGCUCAGGAUCCUCUCAAACUGUACGAGCACCAGCUGCAGCCGCCGGCCCAGCCACAGCUCUCCAACAUGGACAAGAAGCUCAAGUACCCCGACGUCAAGAUGCAGGACUUCUACUGGGAGCCGUCCUACAGGAUGGGGGACAGUCUGGCUGUGAUGGCAGACAGGAUGAAGAGGCCCCCGCCGGGUGGUAUCUGCUCGGAGCAGGACGCCUCCACCGGGCCCCGGGGGCCCCCGUUUGAGGACAACAAGAGCUCGCCUCUUCUACCUCCUGACCUGUUAAAAACUCUAGCAGAUUUUGAGGAGGAGGAGGAGCUCGUCUUUACUAAGCCUCCUGAUUUCUUCCAGGCCUUGGCUGGCCCUCUUAGCACUGCUCCUGGACCAAACAUAUUUCUGCCAAAUCAGACCAGGAUGGAGAGUGGCCCUGAGGUCGUCAGCCAAUCAUCUUCUCUCCUGCCCAUCUCUGGCUUCCCCAUGCAGGAGUACAACCAGAACAGCAUCUUCAGUCAGGCCUAUGGCAAGAACCUGCCGCCCAGCUCCAAGCCCGACGCUCCCAUGGUGCACCAGGAGCCCUCCCUCUACUCUCUUUUUGAAGGGACUCCUUGGUCCCCCUCCCUCCCUGCCAGCUCAGACCACUCCACCCCGGCCAGCCAAUCCCCUCACUCCUCCAACCCCAGCAGCCUGCCGUCCUCCCCCCCAACACACAACCAUGGAGCCAUGCCCUUCUCUAACUUUGGGCCUAUCGGCACCCCAGACAGCCGGGACCGCAGGGUGGUGGACCGCUGGAAGGCCGAGAAGACCGGGGCGGUGAGCGGGUUUGGUCUGGACUACCUGCCGGCUGCAGCCUCCUCUGCAGCUUCAGACACCAGCUGGCACCAGACCGGACCUACCGGCGGCUCCUGGACCAAUCAGGAGUCUCCGAUGGAGGAGUCGUCCUCCACUGUGCUGCUCGACAGCCUCAAGUCGAUCUGGUCGAGCUCCAUGAUGCAGCCGGGCCCGUCGGCGCUGGAGCAGCUCCUCCUGCAGCAGAAGCAGAAGCAGCAGCGAGGUCACGGCGCCAUGAACCCGCCUCACUGAACGGCAGCCAGCGGCGCUUUGUGUCCGGACGUCAAAACGACCACCACCAGGAGAAACGGGAGGAAAAAAAACAGAAGUUUGAUGAAGACGAGCUCCAACUUAAAUGGAAAAUUAAACCGGCGAGAAACGGUGGAGGCUGGGGAGGUGACACGACCCCCCGACGAGGCUGAAACACCACCCCCACCCCCCUCGGCUGUCGAGGAGCAGUGACGUCCCUCCUGGAUCGGAGGGUGCGGGAUCUCUUCAACCACGGUGCCACGCGCCACGCCACCGCCGGGUUUCCUUCAACCCGCGGAAAUCUGAACAUUGCAGAACACGACCCCCUCUCCCUCACAAUCACUGCCCCCCCCCGGUUUUGGACAGACGCCACAUCUCCACAACUCCUCUCUCAUCUGAUCUGGAAGAACUUCUUUCUUCAGAACAAAGAAAUAAAAAAAAAGAAAAUCGCAGCGACCUCCUGGACGUCUGCUCGGUCCUGUCGGAGCGCCCGUUUUUAGCGCCUCUGUCGCCGCAGACUGAAGCAGGGGUGUUGUGGGAGAGCGAGGACGGUGUGGUGGUCAGGUUCAGGGGGGAGGUCAGGUGAAACACCGGGGGAUAAAAAAACAGACUGGACUUUCUGAUCUCUCCGUUCAUUUUCAUUACUGUGGAGGAGGAAGAGGAGGAGCAGCUGAUUGGUUGAAUGAAGGAAGGAAAGGAGGAUGGUUUGGGUUACAGCUAUAUAAAUAUAUAAAUAAAUAUAUAUUGCCAUAGUUGGACUUUAAACGGGCCUUGUCUCUUAGCCGUUGUGAGAAUCAGGACUGGACGCUGCUGUGAAGCCAGGUGUGUUACCUCACCUGGACUGACGCUCGCUCGAUGUCUGACCUUUUUGAGGGAAGAGCCAUGAGGCCUGACGAUGAGACAGCUUCGCAACGCCAGUAAACGUCACAGGAGAGGAAGAAGUAGAAGGGAGGGGGGGCUAAGAACACAAACCCCGUCAGUCUUGGGGAUAGUAUUAUCGUUAGCUUCAACAGACGCAGAUAUUAACAAAAAAACCUGUAUUUUGUGAUUCGUUCGUAGCAGUUUUAGCUUCACGCCCUCUGAGGCGAACACAGGUAUGUCUAGUAGCUUCCUGCUUGAAUAUUUUCGGGGUUUUCUUCCUCUCCGGUCUCUUCUUCCUGUUACUUCUUUACUUAAUGAAGAAAAAAAAAACUAAAGAUGUAACCCUGCUUGCUUACUUAACCUGCAUUUACUGUUUCUUUUUGUUCAUGUUCUGCCUUUUUACUAGUUUGAAGCAGCUCUGUCGGCUCCUCUGUGCCUGCUCACUGUCCCACUACUACUGACUGCUGUAAAGGUUAGCACGAGGCCACAGACAGACAGACAGACAGACAGACAGACAGACAGACAGACAGGUGUGUACAGGUAGCUGGCUCAGCCUGAAUGUUUCCCACUCGUUUCUUCAGUAACCACUAUCUGACUGCAGCUCCACCCUGUACAGCUGAUUGUUUUAUGGAUUGUAUCGUCUGCAGCUUCUGCAGCUCUGCUUUUAUUUCUCCUCUAACUGAAGCCCCCCCCCCUUUCAAAAUAAAAGUCCCAGGAACUUCGGAGCCAUGGGAACCAAACUCAGGAACUAAAAGACCCUGUUCAUUCUGUGCAGUGAAAUUUACAUUUUCCCCUCAUCUGAUGAACCAACUAGUCCUGUAACAAACAACAUCACACAGUCUUUGUGUUGUUGUCUAAUGGUUAUUGUAUUAUCAGGAAAUCUCCUGGUUAUUUUCUCUAUUUAUCAAAAGUAUAAAAGAGCUGAGGUGCAGACGACGACACGCGUCAGAUUCUGGACCCUGUUCGUUUUUACCCUUAAUCUGUUGUCAACAUUGUUGCUCAUUAAGCUUCAGAUGGAUUAUUCAGUUAAUCCACAGACACCUUCUAUCAUUUCAUCUAUGAACUGUCAGAACAUGAUGAUAAUAAUAAAAUAAUCCUCACGUCUCGCUUUGUCCGACCAACGGCUCAGAAUCUAAAGAGAUUUAGUGUUUGGUUCAUAAAAUAAAGCCCAUCACAGUUAAACAGGAUUGAGACUUUGGCACUUCAAUAAGAACUGUUUACCAACUAUCAGUAUAGGUGGUGAUUAUGUUUCUGCUGAUGGACGAAUGAUUGAUCAGCUAAUGACAGGAGACAGGCAGGAAGUGAGCGCUGGUCUUAUUUACAGUUUUUUUUAUUAUGUAGCAUUCAGCAUUGCUCUGAACCCUGAGAGUUCCUGGUCCAUCAAGUCUGGUUCUUUUUUCCUGAGAAGGUUCCUCGGUCCCUGAAAAAGUUCCUGUGGAGGAAACGAGCUGUGAGAGUUAAACUGACUGAGUUGGGUUUUUUAUUUCUGUGGUUUCGACCUCGUGGAGCAUUUACACGCUGCCAGUCUCUGUAGUUUUAGAGCCAAUCAGAGAGCAGCGAGCCACAGCUGACCAAUCAUGAGGCUCUGACACCCCCCCCCCCAGACUUCAGGCUUUAGCGGGAUGCGAUGGUUUAGACUGCAGCACUGUCAGUAAAUUCCUGUCCGGUUUAAACCAGCAGACAGCUGUUUUCUAUCUGAACGUGUGACAGACACUCAUGGUUCAGUUCAGAGCGAUUAAAAAAAAAUAAAAGUCUGUUUUUAUUUUCCCAUCGAGGGCGUUUUAUUAAAGCAGACUUCAUAGAGACAUGUCUAUUUUCCGUGUGAUUGUGCUUUUCAUGUUGCAUUUACAAAAUGUAUUUGAAAAAUAAUAAAGAUAAAAUAUUAAUGAAUGUGAGGACAAAUUUGGCCAGAAGCAUCAAGGAGAGAGGAGAAAAAACCUGUUUGUUUUCAUGUCUGAAGCUCACCACGUGGAUCUGAGCUGGGCUGCUUCUGGUUGCCUUUGGGGUUUUUUUGGAGUAAGAACUAAAUGGACUCAGAUGUGGCGAAGACAUUCCACUCUGUGAGAUGUUCAGUGGAGCUCUGAGGGCAGAUCUGUGCUCACGUCUGAGUCUCUGGUGGGAAACGCUGGUUCAGAUCUGAGCUUUGACUUUAAGGCUUUUUGUGUUUCUGUCUCUGUAGACUUUGAGAACUGGUGGAAUCAGCCUUUAAAUAAACGUUAAACUAUGUUCUCCCUUGA